GAAAAUUAAGACAAUAAGGUACUGCAUCUCUGCAAGGAGGUUGACUGGAGACUUUUUGUUGCAGAGGCCGAAGCCUGGAUGACUAGUGAAGCUAUGGCAAUUAUUGUGGAUGUCAAUGGGGUAUCAGAUAUCAAUCAAGAUGAGAAUAUUUAUGAGAGGUUGAAAACAGUAGCUCAAGAUAGGGAUAUCGAGAGACUGUACGGGUUGAUUGCUGAAGAUCCAAAUAUUCUACAACUGAUAAGAGAGCACAUGUGAGAGGCACAUGUUAAGAGUAAAGAGAGGAUAGAGUAUAAAUAGAGCUGAGAGGAAAAAUAUAGAUCAUCCUGCGUGAUCAGAUAGAUUGUGUGAGUUUGUUAGAUCAGAGCUGCGACUCUGUUCUUGGUGAUAAGAGAGGAGAACUGUAACUCCAUCUUAUCAGUUAGGUUCAUCGUUUGUAUUAGGGGUUGAGAAGAGAUAAGAGAUAAGAGAUCAUCACCUUCAAUCUUAUCAAAUGGUGCGGUGAAACUGUGAUCGGAGGUUCAACGCAAGAGAAGGAUUAGGGUUCGACAAAUUGGGGAUUAUACAAUUUGGGGAUUUUGAUUGCAAUGUGUCUUGAGGGAUUUCCCAUCUUCGAUGGUGUUGCUGGUGAAUUGCGACCAUGGAUUUCAUGGCUAGAGGAUUUCUUUGUUCAGGAGGAUUUCACGGCAGAUGAGAAGCUGAAUCUUGCGCAAAGUCUUCUCGAAGGUGAAGCUCUCUUGUGGUUUCAACGGCGAACACGAGUAUGGGGAUAUUUUGACAGUUGGAGAAUGAUGGAGUUAGCCAUGGUGUUACAGUUUGGUGACAGAGAUGAAAGAAUCAGACUCUUUCAGGAGCUUAGAGAAGAGAAACAGAUUGAAAUCUUGGAGCAGAAGAAAGAAUCGAAGAAAGAAGUGGAUUUGUGUUUGGGGAAGAUCACGUCGCAACCGUCGGACGUAACGCAAUCUUGUGAAUUGUAACAUGAACACAGGCGUGACAUUGAUUAGCCCUCGGUUAAUCGAUUCUGAUUUUGAGAAAUUGCAAAACGAUGAUCUAAGGGAAGUGGAAGCCAGUUCUGUGUUAGUCAAUCUAGACAAUGUGGUCAAGAACGUGAACCAGGAGAAGAUAGCUAUCCAUAAUAGAGAGAGUAAUCAACUGGAAUUAAUUCCACAAGUAUCUCAUCAGCUUGUAGAGCUUUCACAUCUUAAGGUAACAAUGCCGACGUUGGAACCUAGCCUUAGUAUUCGAAAUGUAUAUCCAAGUGUUCUUGAGGAUUGGCCAUCUGCUAGUAUGAGGUUCAAUAGUUCACAGUGUCUUGAAUGUGUCAAUGGCAAGCAAAGUACACACCAUGUGUUCGACAGGUUGUGUGAGAGAAGGAACAAAUUAAAUCAACAUAAGAAGUUGAAUUUGUCUCCUAAAUCAUGGAUGUUUAAGUACAAAAGGAAGCAUGGACGGUUUGUUAGCUUUGGAGAAGCUACUGCAAGAAAGCAUAGAAACAGAGUGGUUACCAUACACCAAGCGUUUCCAGCUUCACUUAUAAGGAAAAUUCUUCAUACGGAGGAAAAUAAACUGGUAUUGGAACAGUUGGGUGACACACUUUGUGAUGAUGAUAGGGUCAUGUUGCAAUCUGAUAUUGAAGCUACUGUCUCUAAAUCAGAAGCAAUUCUACGACAUUUGGCCACUUCUGCUAUCAAAGUCACCAAAAUUGUACCUACAUCGCAUAAGAUACAUGAUCGUGACAUGGAGAAUAGGCCGGAUUAUAUGCUUGAAAGGAUUCUGGAGCGGAUGAAAAGAGACAUUCAUAUUAUGCAUCUUACUCCAUUUGCAGGAUAUAAAUCUGGAGAAACUAAGAGUGAGAUGAUGCAGGUUGUGUGUGUGUUUAGCUUCCAGGUGAGGUGCAUCUGCACUAAGUUUUGUAUGCUCAAGUGUCACAAGAAACUAUACUUUUCAGUAUGGCAUCGUUGGAGAAAGAAGAAACUGCAGAAGACAUUCUCAGAACCUGCAACUACACUAUGGUACGGAGAAUUAAUGUGUGUGCAGCAGCUCUACCAUGGCAACAUCGAUUGUCUUCAUUUGUUUCUAUCUUCAUUGUUACUUCACAGCUUGAGGACAAGCUGUUUUGAAAGGGGGGAGUAUUGAUAAGAGAGCACAUGUGAGAGGCACAUGUUAAGAGUAAAGAGAGGAUAGAGUAUAAAUAGAGCUGAGAGGAAAAAUAUAGAUCAUCCUGCGUGAUCAGAUAGAUUGUGUGAGUUUGUUAGAUCAGAGCUGCGACUCUGUUCUUGGUGAUAAGAGAGGAGAACUGUAACUCCAUCUUAUCAGUUAGGUUCAUCGUUUGUAUUAGGGGUUGAGAAGAGAUAAGAGAGAAGAGAUCAUCACCUUCAAUCUUAUCAACAACACUUUGAUAAAGUGCCCUUUUGUGAGACGCCACUACACAUUGCAGCCGAGAACGGGAAAACUCAUUUUGCCAUGGAGUUAAUGAUUCUUAAGCCGUCGCUUGCUCUUAAGCUAAACGCUUCAGGUUUCAGCGCAAUCCAUUUAGCUCUGCAAAACAACCAUAUUCGAAUGGCGAGAGGGUUUGUGGCAUUUGACAGCAGCUUAGUCAGCGUCAAAGGAAGAGGAAGUACUACUGCUUUGCAUCAUGUGGCUCGAAUAGGUGAUGCAGAGUUGUUGAGUGAGUUCUUGUUUGCUUGUCCAUCUUCUAUAGAAGAUUUGACGAUUAAGUGUGAGACAGCCGCGCACGUUGCUGUUAAGAACCACCAGUUUACGGCAUUUAAGGUUCUGUUGGGAUGGGUCAAAAGAGAAAACAGGGAGGAAAUAUUGAACUGGAAGGAUGAAGAUGGCAACACAGUCUACCAUAUUGCUGCAUCAACUAAUCAAACCGAGAAUAAUACAAAAGAAAAAAAAAUUGGCCAAGCUCGAUUUGAUUUCUUUUCCUCUCUCUCUUUCUCUCGCGAUCGAAUUCCCAAAACAACAAAAGAAUUUGGAAUCGAAGGAUCUGGAAUCAGAGGAAGGGUUUGGAAUAGAAGGAUCUGGAAUCACAAGGGAGAGGUUGUUGAGAAUCUGUUGGAUGUUUUGGAUAAUUUCGAGAGAGCUAAAUCCCAAAUUAAGGUGGAGACUGAGGGAGAAGAGAGAAUCACUAAUAGUUAUCAGAGUAUAUACAAACAGUUUGUUGAAAUUCUGGGCUCACUUGGUGUUAUCCAUGUGGAGACAGUCGGGAAGCAGUUUGAUCCAAUGGUAAGCAGUCUCUUACUAGCAAACUAAGAGACUUGAGGUUUAUGUGUGUCUUCCGGUUUAAACUAUGGUGGAUGAGACAAAGAAUGGGUACUAAUGGGAAAGAGAUUCCUUGCGAGACUCAAUUUCUAAUCGUGGAAGCAAACCAAGGAUCUGAUUUAGGAGGAAGAGGAGGAAAUCAGUCAGCUUCCUUGUACGUUGUAUUCUUGCCUAUACUCGAAGGAGACUUCAGGGCUGUUCUUCAAGGGAACGAGGCUAAUGAGCUUGAGAUUUGUCUUGAAAGUGGUGAUCCAACUGUUGACCAAUUUGAGGGGAGUCAUUUGGUUUUUGUAGCUGCUGGCUCUGACCCUUUUGAUGUCAUUACCAAAGCUGUCAAGACUGUUGAACAACAUCUUCAGACAUUUUCACACCGGGAGAGAAAGAAAGUAAGGAACACACUUAUUAGAUGCCAGAUAUGUUGAACUGGUUUGGUUGGUGCACUUGGGAUGCAUUCUAUACUAAUGUCACAGCCAAAGACGUCAAGCAAGGUCUUGAGAGCCUCAAAGCUGGUGGGGUAACCCCAAAAUUUGUCAUAAUUGAUGAUGGAUGGCAAUCUGUUGGCAUGGAUGAGACUAGUGUAGAAUUUAACGCUGAUAAUUCUGCCAAGCCCUGAGAGCUGCAAGUAUUUCUACUCAAAACGCAAUGCCCACUUCAGGUUAUCAGCAAGCGUUUCCCACUGGUAAUCACCAGUCCUUAGCUGCUAUGAUUCCGCAAUACAAAACUCAAGCAACCGCUCUAUAUCUUUAUUUUAGUUAAGCAUGUGAUGUUUGUUUUCCAUUCUAACUCUUUUUUUUUUAUUCAUUCUUUAACAGCUUAAAGAAAGCUAGAUGAUGAGUAUAGAGCUCUUGUGUCUAUUGUAAUAUGUAUUAAUGUUUUUAUUAUGUUUUGUAUUUUGAAAAUUAAUUAAAAUGCAAUAUUAUGGUUCUCUA